AAUUUUGUCGAAUAUUUCAGUCAGAUUGUGCAAAAUGUUGGCGCGGUUUUUGGGUUUAGCGGUGAUAAUUGGGGCGGCUUUUACUUAUCCUAAUGAGCCCAAAGCGACCAAAUAUACCGAAAAGCCCAUUAUUGCGACGCCACUGGGGCAAGUGCAAGGGGCCAUCUUGGCCUCCAGGGCGGGGAAACCCAUUUUUUCCUUCAGGGGGAUUAGAUAUGCCAAGGCUCCCAUCGACGACUUGAGGUUCAAGCCCCCAGUGCCUGUCCAGAAAUGGGAAAACGUGCUCAACGCCAGCCAAGACAGCCCCCUGUGCCCCCAACCGACUGACGACCCCACUUCCGAAGACUGUCUUUCCCUCAACGUCUACACCACAAAACUCCCAAAGGGCUCCGAUCAGCCCAAACGCCCCGUCAUCGUCUUCAUCCACUCGGGGGGCUUCCACAGCACUGGGGCUGCCAGCAACUGGCUGGGCCCCCAAUACCUCCUCGACCACGACAUCGUUCUAGUCACUUUCAACUACCGCCUCGGGUCUCUCGGCUUCCUCAGCACUGGGGACAAGGAAGCCCCCGGGAACAACGGCCUCAAAGACCAGGUUUUGGCCCUGAAAUGGGUCAAAGACAACAUCGCGGCGUUCGGGGGCGACCCCGACUCGGUGACUUUGGCCGGGUACAGCGCGGGGGCUAUCAGUGUGACGCUUCAUCUGGUCUCACCCCUGUCAAGGGGGCUCUUCCAUAGGGCUAUUAUCAUGAGUGGCUCGGCGCUGGGCCAAAUGCCAAUCCCCACCAACCAAAUGGAUUUGGCCAAAAAGCAAGCCAAAAUUUUGGAUUGUUCAGAUGACAGUUCUGCCAACAUUAUUAAAUGUUUGAAGACGAAAACUGCAAAUCAGUUGGGGGAAUCCCAGAGGAUGUUUCUGGAGUUUGGGGAUGAUCCGGUUGUGAUUUGGGGGCCGGUGAUUGAAGGGGAUUUUGGACAGGAGAGGUUUUUGACAGCUCAUCCUAUUGAGUUGAUUCAAAAGGGGGAAUUUGCCAAAGUUCCUGUUAUUUUGGGGGUGACCACGGAUGAGUUUGCUGCAAGGGCGUUCAAUGUUUUGGCCAACGAAACCUUGAAGAAGCAGAUGAGUGAAGACUUCCACAAGGUCGCCCCCAUUGCCUUCCUCUACGAACACGAUUCGGACAAGUCGAAGACCAUCAGUGAUGGUCUUAAGAAGUUUUAUUUGAAUGACAAAUUGGAUAACUCGUCUUUGCCCGGUUUGGCCCAACUCUACGCCGACGCUUUGACCGGUUUUGGGGUCAAUAGGGCCGCAGAAUUGCUCUCGGAAAAAAACAACGCUUCGGUUUAUUAUUACAAAUUUAAUUACAAGGGACGUUAUAGCCACUUUUACCUACCCUCAAGCAACGGAACCAUCCCCUUUGGGGUGGUGCACAACGACGAUUUGAUCUACUUGUUCUACAUCCAGAAAUUGUUCCCCAUUUUCAAAGACACGGACCCAGAGGCACAAACUGUCAAUAAAAUGGUCUUGCUUUGGUCGAAUUUUGCCAAAACUGGAAAUCCGACUCCUGAGACUAGUGAUAAGUUGGACAGCACCAAAUGGGAACCUUACAGUACCAAAAGCAAGAAAUAUCUUGAAGUUGGUAAUAAGUUGGUUCUUGGGGAAAAAAUGAACGAGAAGAGAUACGAGGAGUGGGCAAAAUUGUUCCCUUUGAGCCAAUACACUGAGAAGAAAUCGUAAUUGGAUGGUUUGAGUGUGAAAUUUUACAUACUUACUUGGAUUUCGUGAAAAGUCUGCAUAAAUAAAAGUUUUUUUACUAAAA